AUGUCUUCACAAAUCACCGCAGAUGAGUCGGAACGAUACACCGCGCUUAUCGAUACAAUGUUUGCCGAUUCAGAUUUGGAGACAAUCACAGCAAAGCAAGUUAGAAAAGCAUUGAUGCUUAGAGUUGGGAAAGAUUUAAGUUAUCAGAAGGACGCGAUUCAAGCUUUAAUAAUGGAACGAUUUGAUAUUGCUACAAGUUCCAAAGACCAUAGUCUUAUCAAAACUGAAUCCCCGAUCCCAACUGCAAGUCAUAUACACGGAAUCUCUGCACUACGCGCAGCUCAAGAGAGGCCCGUAAAGCGCGAAAUCGAUGAUGAGCUCUCGCCUGAUGCGAAAGAUACUUUCACGGCUAAGAAAAGACAAAAGAAGAAAGAAGAGAAACCUGACUCAAAAGAAAUAGAUGAUGAAAAACUAGCCAAAAUGCUACAAGCACAAGAGAAUCGUAACGCACGCACUACGAGAGGUACAUCUAGUCACCAGCGAAGAUCGAAGACGAAUGGAAAAAAGUCGAAAUUAAAAAAGAGUAAAGGGAAGAUCAAGGUAAACGAAGAUAGCGAUAUCGAUGAGACUGGUGUCAACAGUGAAAUAAAGGACACAGAAGGCAAGAAAAAUAAUGGUUUCCACAAGCAAUAUAAUCUCAGCGCACCUCUGGCUCAACUUCUCGGCACUCAAAUACUCUCUAGACCGCAGGUUGUCAAAAAUAUCUGGGCGUACAUAAAGGCGCAAGGCCUUCAAGAUCCAACAGAUAAACGUCAGAUCAUUUGUGAUGAUUCAAUGCAACUAGUUUUUAAGCAAGAACGUGUCCACAUGUUCACUAUGAAUAAAAUACUCAGUAAACAACUCUAUGAUAUUGAGGAUUAG